AUGGCGGCCGUCCGGUCCAACAGGCCGCAUCAGCACCGCCGCUACGAGGCGUCGUGCCCGGCGACCUCCGUGGCCGUGGCGGCGGCGAGGGCCGACGACGCCCCGCGCCAGCGUCCGCGGGGGCCCGUGCAGGUCCGGGAGCAGGGCCCGCUGUCGGCGGGGCAUCAUCACCAGCUGCGGCGGUCAGCGGCGUUCCCGCCGCGCCGCCCGGGUGCAGUGCCAGUGCGCCGCCCUCCACAGCGCUGCGACAGCGACCUCAACAUCAGGGAGCACCGCACCUGCAGCGAGGUGGCCGGCGGCACCGCGGCGGGCUGCGCCGCCGUGUGCUGCUGCUUCCCCUGCGUCAUGGUGGAGGUCGUGGUGCUCGCCACGGUGCGCGCGCCCGCGGCUCUGUGCCGCAGGGCCGCCCGCGUGCGCAAGGCCGGCCGGCGGCGCUCCGCCUCCGCGGGGCAGGCCACGGAGAUCUACGAGCUGCUCGUGGACGACGCCGGCGUCGUCGAGGUGGACGCCAGCGCUGCCGAGGCGGCCGUGGCGCUGCCCGUGAAGCCCGCCUUGGAGCUGGAGGAGACCGGGGAGCUGGAGAAGGAGGUGUGGGCGAGGUUCUACGGCACCGGCUUCUGGAGGAGCCCGUCGCAGCUCGACGACGAGGACGACAGGUGA